AUGACUUCUGCUCAAUCCAAUCCUUUCCUUCUCGCCGCCGAUAAUUCUCCAGAUCUCUUACCCCUCCUUCGAUCGAACCCCGCCUUGGCUUCUGCCCAAGAUGAACACGGAUAUUCUUUAAUGCACGCUGCUGCUUCUUACAAUCACUUGGACCUUCUGCGAGCUCUUGUUACAGAGUUUAAUGUUAAUGUCGAUUUGAAAGAUGAGGAUGGAGAUACAGCACUAUUCGUCACGGAAACAUUAGAUUGCGCAAAGCUACUGGUUGAGGAAUUACAUGCCAAUUACAAAAUCAGAAGUGCGGAAGAUGGAUGUAAUGCGAGAGAGAGAAUCGAGGCAGAAGGAGACUUUCCAGAAGUUGCGGUAUAUCUUCGAAUCAAGGAGCUUGAAGAGGAAGGGGGCUUGUCAGAAUCAAAUAGAGCAGCAGCACCUACAGUUACGUCGAAUGGCCAUCCACCACCAGUACCCGAAGGAAUAUCGGUUGAUAUUGGUACUAUGAAUCCAGAAGAGGAUGUAGGAGAGGUCAUCGAUCCCGAGUUUAAACGACGUAUUGACGAAUUGGCCGCGCGAGACGAUUUCCAAACACCAGCGGGACAAGAAGAAUUAAGAAAGCUCAUCACGGAGGCAAUUACAGGUGAAGUAGGAGAAGGACGAGAAGUUCGUCAAAGGACAGAAUGA